AUGGAGAACGCGGUAAAUCCAAAAAUUUUCUUCGACGUCGACAACGAGAUUUGUGCGUGGAAACGUAAUUUUGAAAAAGCGUUCGCAGCUGUCGAAUCACUUUCUAUGAAUUGUGAUGCGGAGAAUUAUCAAAGAUUGAAUCAACUUAUUGAUAUUUAUGAAAAUAUUGAAAAGAAAGCCAGUCGAGAAUUCAAGGUCGCUUGUGAAUUACUUCAACAUCCGACAAUCACUUCUUUUAAUGAAGUUUUUUCACAAAAAUUAAAGGAAGUUGAAGAGAAUGAAGAACCAAUGGAACGAUUCAAUGCGUUAAGAAAAAUAAAGAACAAUGAUGAUGACGAUAUGAUUGUUGAAAAUUUGUUUUAUUCAAGGAAGGAUCCGUUUACGAAAAAGAAUAUUGUCCAUCCUGUUCGAAAUCAACACUGUAAGCAUGUGUAUGAUAAGGAAUCUGUCAAAAAAAUGAUCAAUGAAUGUAAAAAGCGACGUCAGUUAUGCCAAUGUCCUAUACAAUCGUGUCCAAAUAAACGAGUUCUAGUUAUGGAAGAUAUGAUUCCUUUUCCUGAUUUCUUCAGUCAAAUCAAUGAUUAG